AGACAAGAUGGUGGGUUAAGAUUCUUGUUUUAUUAAGGUUUUAUAAGUUUUUGUGCAGAGCUUGGAACCUGUUGUGCAUGGUAGAGGAAGGAAAGCAAAUUCCUUAGAAGAUACAUACUUUGGGGUCCAUCAAGAGCAGCUUUAUGCUCGUAAGCUGAAGCCUGUUGAAGGAGCACAGUGGACUGGAAUUGUAACAACCAUAGCCAUUGAGAUGCUAAAAUCCAACAUGGUUGAGGCUGUUGUUUGUGUGCAAAGUGACCCUGAAGAUAGAUUGUCUCCAAGACCAGUAUUAGCCAGAACACCUGAAGAAGUUUUGGCAGCAAGAGGCGUCAAACCAACUCUGUCUCCUAAUCUGAAUACUCUUGAACUAAUCGAGUCUUCCGGAGUGAAGCGUCUUCUCUUUUGCGGUGUGGGUUGCCAAGUGCAAGCGUUGAGAUCAGUGGAGCAGCAUCUUAAUCUUGAAAAGCUUUAUGUUCUAGGCACUAAUUGUGUGGACAAUGGAACAAGGGAAGGACUUGACAAGUUUCUUAAAGCGGCUAGUAAGGAGCCAGAGACUGUUCUCCACUAUGAGUUUAUGCAAGAUUACAAGGUCCAACUUAAACACCUGGACGGACACAUUGAAGAGGUUCCCUAUUUCUCUCUACCAGCAAACGAUUUAGUUGAUGUCAUAGCUCCAUCUUGUUAUAGCUGCUUUGAUUACACAAAUGCAUUAGCGGAUUUGGUUAUAGGCUAUAUGGGUGUUCCAAAGUAUUCAGGUGUGAACAUGACUGACCAUCCGCAGUAUAUUACAGUGAGGAAUGAGCGCGGGAAAGAAAUGCUAAGCUUAGUAGAAAACCUUUUGGAGAUCUCUCCAACAAUCAGUAGCGGUGAUCGGCGACCUUUUGUUACAGAGACCGUCAAGGCAGACGAUGCUGCUAAGUUUGGUCAAGGUCCUGCUCAGCCGGCGCCACUAUUUGUUGGAAACAUUAUAGCAUUCAUCUUAAGUUUGGUUGGUCCGAAGGGUCUAGAAUUUGCUCGGUACUCAUUGGAUUACCAUACCAUCAGAAACUAUUUGCACGUCAACCGAAAAUGGGGAAAAGAAAGAGCCAACAGUCACAUGCCUUCAUAUUCCAAAAAGAUAGUAGAAAUGUACAACAAGAACGGUCAGAUAGAUCAAAUGCUCUCUAAGAAAUGAACAUGUGAAGGUCUUUAGUUUGGUCAUGUAAGUUUACAAAUGUUUCACUCAUUCUACAGUGAGUAGUAAUGUACAUUGGUCCUACUGUUUCUCAACUGGUAGUAUGUUAGUAAUAUCCAAAACUAUUUCUCUUGUGAA